UAUAUAUUAAUUUUUAUAUGAACGAAUUUCCUGAAUAAAUAGAUAUUUCAAAACUUAGAAUAGAUUUAGGUCCAUAGUGGAAUGAGAUAGAAUUGGAGGUGUUUUUAAAGAGUAUGAUUGAAUGAAUAAGUUGAAUAUAGUCUUUAGAUAAUAAUAAUUGGCAGGAGUAGGAAGAAUGCAAGAGACAUUGAGGCAGUUAGGAUAUCAGCGAACAACAACAAAUUUAUUGUCUGUCUAUAAGAAAGUAAGAUUUAUUAUGGAGGAAGAAUAAAAACUUCUUAGAAUCAAAUCAAAAUUGUACCGCCCAUGACUUGUAUCUGAUAUUACGAGAUCAUUAUGAAUAAAAUGAACCAUGUGAUCUACGACCAAUUAAGAAGAUUAAGAAAAAUUAAAAUUGUACAUAUUAUUGCAUAAACACAAGAUCGUAAAUCUAUUCCUUAAAAAUUUGAUAUGAAUGAGAAUGCAAAGGAAAUGAACUAUUAUUUCAGUUAAACAUAAUGUUUCAAUAACUAAUGUAUUUAUGAUAACAAGAACAUAAGUCAGAAUGUAAAUAUACUUAAUUUUUAUUUCAAGUUUUGUAAAUGGAUUUAACAUGAAUAUUUUUAUUCACAUUUAGAUUACACUUAUUUUAGUCUAAAUGAAUUUCAAUAGAUGUUAACUAAAGCAAGUAUUCCUUUAGGAUAGAAAUCAAUAGCUGAAUGGAGGAUUAUUAAAAUGGUAGAAUUUCAAUACAAUUCUUUAGGCAGUAGGUUAACCUAGAAGAUUUUCAUUUUAUUUUCUACAAUAGGAAAUGAGUAAAUUAGCAAAAUAUAGAUCAGUUAUUCGAAAUUAUCUAUUUGAUUAGAAUUAUCCAAUACAUAGGGAUAUUCGAAAUUUAGAUCUAAUACAUGACAUUGUAAGAUUGGCUCCAUUUAAUGUUGGUUAAACAGUUUAUGCUGUACAUCCAAUAUGUAAGCAUGUUCAUGUUGGAUAAAUCUUUUCUACUAAUUUACCUACUAUAACUAUUAAAUUUUAACAACCUGAAUUAGGAGUUCAUAAAAUAUCAGAUCAAAAUAUUUAAUUGUAAUUUUAUAAUUUAUAAUUUUAAGAGAAGAGAAAUUCAUUAGUAAAUAAAUGAGUGAUGAUAGAUUUGAUAUGUAACAAUAAUUAAGUUUCAAUACUCAAAAUGAAAAUAAAAAUACUUUAAUUUCAAGUAUUGUUUAAGAAUUGGAUCAUUAUGCUGCUGCAUUUAUGAUUCGAAUCUUAUAAAGGUAUCUUAAUUUUAUAAUUUAGGAAAUAUGCCUUAGUGGGACAUUUGAAAUAGUUAAGUUUAAGAUUAUAAAAUGAACCUAAUCUAAUUGAAGAUUAAGAAUUUAAAGCACUAUAUUAAUGGUCAUUAUAAUAAAUCAAAAAUUUUGAUUCUGCUUCUAAACAUGUUAUGACAAAGUUCAGAAUGAGAGGAUUAAAUGGUUAUUGUAAAAUAUGUUAUUAUUUUUUAUUUUAAGCCUUACAAUAAGUUAAUAAUAAUCUCGAUAAAGUAUUGGGUAUGCCUUUGGCUUAUAUGGAAAGAGAAUUAGAUUAAAAUAAUGUAGAACCAGAAAAAAAAAAUCAUGAAAUCAAAUAGAUUAUUCACAAACAAUAAGAUGUAUAACACUUUAUUUUAUUUAAAAAAAGGAAAAAAUAAACUCUCAAUUAAAUUCAUUACUUACAUAAAAGUUUUCAUUUUUAGACAAAGACAGUUGUAAAUAUUUAUUUUAUAAUUUCAUUCUAAUAGAAUUAAAACCAUUAGUUUCAUCAAUCUUUGGCCUUCUAUUUACAUUAAAUAAUAGUUAGGAUCUAAAUAUGAAUUCCAAUACUCAUUGGCAAACAUUAAAAUAAAAUAUCGAAGAAUCCCAUCCUUAAUAAUUACAAGAAAUAUAAGAAUCAAUUUUAAGAAUUGUAGGUAAUCAUAGUAAAUGAC